AUGGCCAGUCUCGGGAGGACGUCCUCGAGCAGCGCUGUUACUAGCAGCCAUGAUGUGGUAUCUUCGUCCAAGCCCCCGAACGGAGCUGCCGGCAACGGUUCUCCCUCGAAAAAUAGGGAAGUCCCUGAUAACACAAAGCGACCAAAGAGGAGAAACAAAUACAGACAUGUUGCAGCGUACCAUUCACAGCUGCGUCAUUCCAGUCUGAGCCGCGAGACUGAUGUUAUGACGAGUUUCCUUGGGUUUCGCAAUCUCAUGGUGAUCGUUCUGGUGGCGAUGAACCUUCGUUUGGUAAUUGAGAAUUUUAUGAAGUAUGGCGUCUUGAUUUGUAUCAAAUGCCAUGAUGUUCGGAAGCAGGAUGUCGUCCUCGGUUCAAUACUCUUUGCUCAAGUCCCAAUCCACCUUUUUGUGGCCUAUAUCAUUGAAUUGGCUGCUGCAAAGCAAGCCAAGCGUACUGCCGGACGCAAGAAAAAGGAUGGAUCAGCCGAUGGAGACAAACGUGGAGAGCAUGUCUCCGUAUGGACGUGGAGAUUCACCGCGUUUUUCCAUACGCUGAAUGCCACCCUUUGCCUUGCCGUCACUAGCUUUGUCGUGUAUUUUUAUAUCCAUCAUCCAGGCAUUGGGACGUUCUGCCAGCUCCAUGCAAUCAUUGUGUGGCUCAAAAACUGCUCUUAUGCGUUCACGAACCGGGACCUUCGCCAGGCGAUGCUCAAUCCGUCAGCAGAAUCAGCACUUCCGGAAAUCUACUCAUCAUGCCCAUAUCCUCGAAACAUCACUCUUGGAAAUCUAACCUAUUUUUGGCUAGCACCUACGCUUGUCUACCAGCCUGUUUACCCCCGAACACCGCGCAUUCGAUGGUCAUUUGUCGGCAAACGAGUCUUCGAGUUUUUCUGUCUGGCCGCGUUUAUUUGGAUACUCUCGGCCCAGUACGCUGCUCCUGUUUUGCGAAACUCGAUUGAUAAGAUCGCUGUAAUGGAUAUUGCGUCUAUUUUUGAACGGGUCAUGAAGCUAUCCACAAUCUCUUUGGUCAUCUGGCUCGCUGGGUUCUUUGCCCUUUUCCAAUCGCUGUUGAAUGCGCUGGCAGAAGUCAUGCGUUUUGGAGACCGUGAAUUCUAUACCGACUGGUGGAAUAGUUCGAGUCUCGGUGGAUACUGGCGGUCAUGGAACCGGCCUGUAUAUCUUUUCAUGAAGAGACAUGUGUUCUCGCCUCUCAUUGGGAGGGGUUGGAGCCCUCUAGCAGCCAGCACAAUGGUCUUCACUCUUUCAGCCAUUCUCCAUGAGAUGCUCGUGGGAAUACCAACCCAUAAUUUGAUCGGCGUCGCAUUCGCAGGAAUGAUGCUCCAAUUGCCACUGAUUAUGGUCACUACGCCACUGGAGAAGAUCAAGGAUCCUUCUGGCAAGAUCAUUGGGAAUUCUGUCUUCUGGGUGAGUUUUUGCCUUGUCGGUCAGCCUCUAGGUGCACUGCUGUACUUCUUUGCAUGGCAGGCGAAGCAUGGUAGUGUGAGCCGAAUGAGUGCCUAA